CUUGAGUUUCAACCCAAGAACCCAAUCUAGUACCUAAGAUCAUAUUACUCCUAGAAUCAAAAGUUGAUGAUGAUUACACAUAAAAGAUAACCUUAUCCAUUCAUUUCCAACCGAGAAGCUGCCACAUCAGACACAACCAAAUAUCCCAAAAAUCUCCACCUCAAAUUCUCCAUUGUCUCCACCAUUACCUCUCUCAUAACACACGCACCACACCCAUUUCCCUUCUCUCCAAGCACCCUUCACUCCGAACAACCGAUUCCAAUGGCUUCAACUUCGAUAAUCUCAAUGGCUGUGCCGGUAACCUGUGCCACCACCAAGAAGAUUGAGUCACCGAUCUCUCAUGCAUUCUUCAAGGCACCACUGACUCUGAGGCCAUCAUCAAAGUCUAACGGAAGGUUUCAAGUGAAAGCAUCGCUGAAGGAGAAAGUUGUGACAGGGCUGACUGCAGCUGCACUGACAGCUCAAAUGGUGAUUCCUGAUGUGGCUGAAGCUGCUACCGUUUCACCUUCUUUGAAGAAUUUCUUGCUCAGUAUUGUUUCUGGUGGAGUUGUGGUUACGGCCAUUCUUGGUGCUGUUAUCGGUGUUUCCAAUUUCGACCCUGUCAAGCGAGGCUGAGAAUGAAUCUGAUUCUCAGGCCCAACCGAGGGUAUUUUAGUAUUUCUCUCAUUGUUAUAUUUAUCUGUAUAAUGUAUUCAGAAAUGAACUCUGUGUUGUGUGUAAUAUCAUAAUAUGUGACUCUUGAUCU